UUGAUUCUAUGUCCUCCUGAAUGACGUCACUAAGGAUACAUUACUUUCUCGGAGCCACAACAAGCCACUUGUUACGUUACGUUUGUAUCGCCAGUUCCAGUAAAGCGCCCAGGAGCCCAAAUGGACAUGGACAAAGCCGGCGUGAUCAAAUUCCGUCAUUGUGGAAAGGACAUUUACUGUUUUUUUGUCCCAGAAUAUUGUCCUGUUUGUCGGGAGAGUUUAAGCUCCAGGACUCGGAGGCUAGAAGAAGCACCUGUCAGCAUUCCUAAUCCUUUUAUCAACGGACACAAGGUAACAAGUUCAUUUCUGGUAAAGCCUACCAAAGGAACAUUUCUCAGAGAGUAUGAUGGAAGUUCAGAUCUUCAUGUGGGAAUCACAUGUACUAAAGGUGUGGUGUAUAAUUAUAAUGAGGCUGGAGUCUGCAGAGAUGAGCAUGGCUGGGAGCAGUCUGUCAGCAUCCCCCUGGUACAGCCUGAUAUGUACAGUCUGAUAAACCAGUGGGAUUGCUACCUGGAGCAGUUCUCAUCGACUGACAUGUGGGAUCCUCAAAGAUAUGAAGAACACGAACACAACUGCUACACCUACGCCCUGACAUUUAUAAACUGUUUGCUCGCCACGCAGGGAAAGCGGCAGCUAACGAAAAGUGACUUCACAGAGAAGUUUGUUCUUCCGCGAACGAGGAGGGCUUCCAGAUACAUCACACUCUAUCAGGAGAUUUCCCACAAGUCUUUCUAUAUUGUGGACAGCUCCCAGCGAGAAGAAGACAGCUAUGUUUGAAUUGCAGGUCGAUCUAAACAGCGGAUAUUCCCCUGGGUAGGAAUGCAUUGAAAUCACUGCUGGUCAGUCACAAGAAGCUGAAAACUGAAAGCAUGUGUAUAAUGCGUUGUUCUGGUGUAACUGUGCAAUGUUUGCUGAGACCACAGUGCGUGUCAGCUGGGCACAUUAAUGUACAGUACUGUAUAUUAGUGUAUUGUAUGAUUUUAUGUUAGAGUUAAUCUAAAAGCAGCAGUUACAAAAAAUAUUUCUUGCUGUUAACAUUUAUUGUAAUAUUCUCUGAACUAUUAUAACAGUGGACCUAGGCUAGGUGACAUUGUACUAGUUAUAUCAAAAGUGUUUAUGUACAUGUAGGUCUUGUGUUUAAAUGAAACUACAAAUUAACCAGGUUUACCUGACCUGCUUGUGACUGCUGCACUGUGUUCAGAACCUUCUUGUGAUUGCAUAAACGAUGUAAUGCUUUUGAAAGAA